CGAAGCUGUACGUGUCACUGACGAAAUAAAUAGAUGCAUUGCGUUCUUCAAUGGUCAAGUGUACAGCAACGUGAACGUUAUAGACGUCGAAAACCACACAAAGUAUUUCGGUAUAAAGGAUCAAUGUGGAUCUAGCGACAAUACAAGACUAGUUCCUCAAAGAACAGAAAAAUGGUCGGAAUGUAGAAAAUUGGCGCGUAUAACAGGAAGUACAUUGCAUUCUGCUUUGGGGUUUGAAGGAUUAGGCAAGCAGAGAAAUCAUUUUGACAGAGUAAUUUGUAAGAUUGCAGAUAGUGAGCCAUCACCUCAGGUAAAAAUAUUUAUGGAACAUGGUACUCGCAAUGAAAUAAAUGCUGUUUCAACACUACUGGGUAGGAUUUUGCCAGUACUGGAACCGGAUCUCAAUUUUUGCGAAGAAGGAUUCGUCAGGGCUCAGUUUGGCGAUCAUACUAGCUUUCUUGUAGUUUCGCCAGACGGUAGCUUACGGGAUGACAACACAUUAAAUUCCACUCGCGUUGCAAUUGAAAUCAAAUGUCCGUUCACAAAACUUCAUGAAGAGUUUCCAUCGCGCUACUAUUUACAAUGUGUGUCAGAAAUAGAAGUAUUAAACGCAGACUAUCUCUUGUUCAUAAGUUGGACAGAAACAAAACCCUGGUUUACAAAGUAAACAGAGACAAAGAAAUAUUCAAGAAAGCUCUGAAGUUGGCUAUGUCGUUGUAUGGCGCUGAUAAACCCAAACGUCCAACUAAACUAUCUGAUGAACAGAAAGCUUUAAAGCAGGAGAUAACAACUGUCUGUAAGGAUAUUCCUGUUAUCGGACGAUUUGCCUCAUGCAAAGCAGGGACUAUUUCCCCUUCAGAACAUGCAACACAUGAAGUAACCACAGAAGGUGUUGAUGUUCUCCUGAAUGACAUGCACACACUAAACAAAUCCCUGUAUCAGUUGAAAAGAGAAAAGGCAUCAGAAGCGGUGGUGUUCUUGGUAGCGGACUUAGAUCGAAGCUGGGAGACUGAAAACAUCCGGGCAGGUCCUGUAGCAUGGUUUCCGAAAGGAUAUAGCCUUACGGUGGAGACUAUGAGACGCAUUGCUGAGUGUGUACACACAGAAUGUCACAGGCAAGGUAUACACAUCCCUUGCGAAUCAUUCGAUGGGCAGUGGCAUAAUAUAGUAACUCGCACGACAGAAAAUAAGCCACUUACAAUUCAUCAGCUUCAAAGGGAUGUUUGGCAAGCUGUAGAAAAGUUAAGCAAGAAAGAUAUUGUGUCUAAAAUCAAAGAGGUUAACAAGGUUCCACAUUGGAACAGUGAAAGCAUUUGUGACGACAACACAAUGCUACCUAGAAAUAUUCUCAUUGCCACAAACUGCGGUAAACGUCUACCAAAAUUGCCAAAAAAUCUUCCAAAGCCGGUUACCGAAGAAAACGACGCAACUGGUGAUACAGGAAAAGCUAUUACAUUGGCAGAUGUAAUGCCAGAUCCAGUUCAGAACACGUGUGACCUGAACUCAAACGUUCUGUCAAUGACUACAGUUGCAGAACAUCUUGAAAUGGAAGCCUACUCUGGUAAUAUUAAUGAAACGGGAUGGGCGAUGGAAUUGAACGAUGACAAUAAUGAGAAUGGACAGAUCGCAACAAUGGAAGGAGAUGUUCAUCAGACAGAGAACGACGAGAAUACACAAUUGCUCAACUCUGACGAGACAAACCAUACUGGAACACACACUUCUAAUAAAGAAGACUCAAUACACAAAUCAUUAGAAUUGAAAGAUUUGGAAUGCAUUUUAAGUUUAUUGCGAACAACGGGAAACUGUUGCAAAAACGGUAAAUGGGACAAUAUCCGAGCAGAAGAUAUGAUGCACUAUUUUGAGUCGAAACAACAGCUUGUAUCACUUCUCGAUUCAGAACUACGAGUUGUUCUUAAGUAUUUGAAAAAGGUUGGAAUCUUGAAAAGCUUAAAGGAGUCUGUUCCAAAAGGUGUAAAAGUAAGAGAAAUAUCAAAGGUGUUAAAUAUUUCAGGGGAAUUGCCACAACAACUUACAAAAAGAAAGAGCUCUAAAACAUACAAUGUUAAGUCCUUGACGGAGAUGGCCACCAAAGAGAUAGCAAAAUUUAAAAAGGAACACUUGAAUGUAAUUGAAGCUGAAUAUGAGUGGCCUGAAGCGUACAAUGAAUGGCAGAUGUCAAUGGUUGACGUUACGGUAGAUGGAAUCGAAUAUGAGUGGUUUUAUCAUCCCGAAUACAGCAUUGAACGACAACAAUAUGAGGUCCGAUGCAUAGAUUCGACCCAUUUAUUAACUCGGGCCAGAAGGAAGAGUUGUUAUGGGGGUCUAGACGGAUUAUCCAAUGAAGCAUGGCUUAAAGUGGCAAAAUCAAAAAAGACAUUAUUAACACCGAUAAUGAUAACCGAAGUCACCGACCCAAUGUCAGCUGCAAUGUCAAAAACACAUUUUUCCUCACAUGUUGAAGCUGAGAUGAGGAGUAAUGGUGACAUAGAAAGUGCAGACCUGUGCCAUGAUAUCAGAUGUUGGUGGGAGGCUGAGGAUAAGCCGGGUAUAAGUGCACAAGACAGAGUUCGGUUUCGGCAACAUCUAAGGAAUCGGCUCCUUAGUAGAAAAAACUUUUAUGAAUUCCCACCUGCUACAAAUUACGCUCGAGGUUGGCCCAUCCAACUUUGGGAGGGAAUCCUAGCAAGUAUUGACGCAAAGUGUUUGCUGUAUGCCAUGACGAAAACAGGAACGUACAACCAACGGGCAUUCAGUAGUAUGAUUGGAGAAACGUUCUUUUCGGAGGUCUCCUUGCACGACAAGAGGGGACAAGGAACACUUACAUCAACGGAGUUUGGCAUGCAUAUCGGCAAUACGAUCGAACAAAUGCAGACGAGGUUGGAUCCUGAUAGAUCUUUUAGCUACUGCACAAGUAAGAAGGCGGUGUAUGAGAUGGUCGACAAGGCAGAUAAGGAGCACUAUCAUACGGAUGUCGACGAGUCAUAUCCUGGUCAAACGAUACCGUCAAACAUUAUAACAAGGAACCAUCAUUUUGACUCAGCGCAACGUGCACGGGUGUGCGGAAGUAAGAAAGUUGGCACCAUUUCAACUGAAAGGAACGCUCUCCACAAAGGUGCACUUGGUGUCCGCUGGGAGAAGGCUCGCUGUAACCAAUCUAAGCUGUUACCGACCUCAAAGAUGGGCAUUGAGUAGCAAUAUUUGUCAAGGGCUCAAUUUCCCGAAACCUCUCCAGCUUAACAUGCGUAUCUUAUUCCAUUAGCCAAAUGACAAAACUUCAACUUGAUUUGAAUAACUUAAACUUUGUUUAUUAUGAUGAUCAUGAAGAUUAUUGCCAUUAACAGUCUACAUAUUCUUAAGAAAGUAAAUAUUACAUAUAUACCAGAUCGAAAGUAGCGAGCUUAGUUUAGCUUAAUGCUGUUAUAAGUGACUCAAAAAGUUACGGGAAAUUUGGACAUAAUAUUCAGACGGAUUUUACGCUAGUAUCAUGUUGAAAAUUGAUUUGACCAUUACAGUUUUCAUUAUUUGCUUUACUUUUAAAUAAGUGUUAGAUCUGAUAUAUAAAACAGUUUGUCUUUGCAUUGUGAAUCUCUGAAAUGUAAUUUGAAUACUGCACACUUUGCGUACUAUUAGGCCAGAGAUUUUUAAUAACUUGUUUUACGGGAUUCUUUUUAAGAAAAGAGGUUCGAAGGCCUUAAAAAAGACAUAAAAUGUGCCGUAGAAGAAAAAAUAUAAAUAAAACAGACUUUCCUUAACAAAUUUUUUAUUGUAAUUUAAAAAAUGUUCCCUCCAACUAUUGAUGGCUACCUUAAUAUAACGUUCAAUAGCACUAUCUGAUUUUUUUACUGGAGAAAAACGGAUUAAGCGUCGGAAAAAAACAUCAAAAAAAUCACGAAUUUUCUUUUUAUUUGAGUUUUGCCAAUUCAG